AUGGAAAUGAUUUUGAUAUUUCUUUCUCUAAUUAUACAACAAGUUUUCACACAAUACGAUUACACGCAAAAUGGGGAUCCAGCUGAAUUUUCGAAUUACAUGAACUCAGCGAAUGAUCUCUACAAUGAAUUAUUCACAAAAAGAAUCUACCACAAGAAUUUGUCGCCGGUUUAUGGAAAAAUUCCCGCAAAUGGGACAAGGAGUCCAGUGAAAGCGAUGAAUGUGGAUCUAGUUCUGUACUAUUUUCGACUCCUUACAUUGGAUGCCGAAAGUCAAAUUUUGAGUGCAAGUGUCGAAAUUAUAAUGAGUUGGAGAGAUCCUCGUCUUGCUUGGAACAACACGAUUUUUGGUGAGAUCGAUCGAAUUUUUCUCACUUCCGAUAUUAUUUGGACGCCCGACAAUCAAAUCGGAAACUCAAAAUCAAUGACAUCGGUGCAUCCGGAUGGACUUGCUCCACUUACGGUGUACAGCAAUGGAACCGUCGUCUACCCUCUGAUUUGGUAUGCAGAAGUUGGAUGCAACAUCAACGUUAAUCGCUUUCCCUUUGAUCAGCAACAACUUUAUCUUUCGAUUUUGUCUUUUGCAUAUAAGACAGAUCUCAUGACAAUGACUGGGAAGACAAAACUGGACAAAAAUAGACUAAUGGGUAAUGGAGAAUGGAAUAUUGUCGACAUUGAUACGGCGAGUUUUGUGAAUGAUGAUGCAGAUGUUCUCGCCUUUCGCGUUCACAUCAAACGAGUUCCGCACUAUUAUGUCUACGUGAUCGCUCUACCGUGCUUUAUUUUGACAACCCUUUCGAUCAUUGGAAUGUUUUGGACGCCUAACUUCAAAAAAGAGCAGCUAGUGAAGUUGAGCAUCGGUUUGACGAGCCUCGUCUCGAUGACCGUUCUCUUGGAUAUGCUCUCAACAUCGAUCCCCAAAACGAAUGUGUUUCCACUGCUGGGUAUCUACGUGGUGACUUGUGUUGGCAUCACUUCAAUUGCUUCCAUCGCUGUCGUCAUCUCGCUCAACAUUGAGAAUUAUACCAUCGACCACGCAAAAUCGGUCGUAUAUUUGGGGAAAAUUUUCGAUGACACAUUGCCGACAAGUAAAAAGGAUAGAAGGAAA